AUUGGGGCUGACUGAUCGCGAGUCACGUGGUCUGUACAAGCAGCAACCGCGGGGCGUCUUGUUUACGUUGGUUACAGGGACGGGUGGUUGUGUCUGUCCGUCCAAUCUCUCAUUCCCGGGAUUUCAUUGUGUGAGGAAGGUCUACUCCAGAUACAAGAUUUACAAUGGCGAAGGCUGCAGUAGAAGGAGACGUGUCAUGCUGGGCUGACCUCGGGCUGGUCAAGGCAGCGUUCAAGCGUGGGGUCAAGACAGGCGCGGCGGCGGGAGGAGACGGAGAUAAAGCAACACUCUCAGCUUUAAAAAAAAUCAUCCCCACAGCAGCGUACAAUAAUAUCCAGACCGGUGCGUUUGCCGCAGCCGCCAAGCCAACAGGGGGCAAACUGACAUUGGCCAAAUUUGUCAGCAAAGAUUUCUUCCUGAAAAUGGCGAAAGGUGACGAGAAAGAGGCAGAGAAGAUGGCCAAAAAACUAGCUGCUGAUGAACAAGCCAAACAAGAUGCGGAAGCCAAAGGCCCAAAGAAGACGGAUGACGUGACAAGCAGACUCACAGACACAUCCAAAUACACAGGCGCGCACAAGGAACGGUUCGAUGAAGGAGGCAGGGGCAAGGGCAAGGGCGGGAGGGUGGAAGAGGCAUCAAACACCGGCUACGUAGGAGGCUACAAAAACGAGGGGACCUACAAGAAGUAAGUGCCCGGGGGACGGUCUAAUCCAUCCACCCAGCACUCGACCAUCAUAUAAACUCUGCCGUCACAAUGUGAAGUCUGCGAUCUGUGUGUGGUUUCAACUCUUCGUUGGAUCUUUAGUAACGGCUACGUAUGGUCUUCAACAAUGAACAUGCACCGUUAUAUCUAUCAAAGGGUUGUGUUGAUAUACACCACCUGCUAUAAGCUUUCUAAAUAUCAGGGAAGUGUAAAAUAGUCUUUUUGCAAAAUAUAUAAAUGGAGAUAACUGUUAGAUUAAGAAAUAUCAAUUUUGAGAAAUUAUCAAUAGUUCAGUUGUCAGGCAUACCCUAAUGUGCACAGAGUAAGCAACCGCAAUAUAAUAAACUUCGCAAUAUUUCACUCUGGUUGAUAAUAGUAUUCCUGGUUUGAAUGUCCCCGACACAGAGCAGUCUAUGCAUGGUGACGUCUAACAUGUGAUAGUACCAUUCAUUUUAUGUGUUCCUGUCACGUGUCAUUGUGUAGUUACAUUAUUUAAAUAGUUUGUAUACAAAGUUUUAAUAAACGUUAUUCUAAAAGAUA